GCUCCCAACGCUAACUGCAAUGGCUGACGACGAACCCGUUGAUCAAAAGAGAUAUCUCGAAGACUCUUGCAAACCAAAGUGUGUCAAACCAUUACUUGAAUAUCAGGCAUGUAUCAAGAGGAUUGAUGGUGAUGAUUCCGGUCACAAACACUGCACUGGGCAAUAUUUUGAUUACUGGUCAUGUAUUGAUAAAUGUGUUGCGCCAAAGCUAUUCCCCAAACUGAAGUAAUGAGGGAAAUUUUUUCAGUUGUUUUAUCAAAUACCUCCUGUUUACAUCAUUCACAAAUAACAAAACUACCCGGACUUUAUUCCCCUACAGUUAUCAUUGUGUUUAGUGUGAAAUUUUGAAAUCAUGUUGAGCUUAGACUGUGAUUAAUAAGAACAUUAUGCGAAAUUAUUAUACCUUUUAGAUUCUGAAGGAUGUAUUCUGUCUUGAAUUAUUUGUUAAUAAGUAGGGUGUUGAUUGAAGAGCUUAUAUUGUUGGAUUGAUUUACUGUCCGACACGCACAUUUGAAUAGGAAAAAUUUACCUUGCCCAUA